UUCUUUCUCGUUUUACUUGCUUUCCCAUUCUUCUAUUCACUAAGUGUAUAAUUUACGCCUCUCUUUUAUUAAGAUCAAUCUUUUCCAAAUUUGAACAGACAAAACGAUUUACCAACGAAUAGAAAUUGCUACACUGAUACCUCCACUCCUCAUCAAAAUAAAUCACUGCGAGUUACUGUUAUUAUGGGAAAUGAACAUUCUAAAGCUGCAUCCGUCUUGAGUGUUGAAACAGAACGGACAUAUCCAACCAUUCUAUCAAAACGAUCCACCUCAUCAUCAAACCAUUCGUCUACCAGCACGAUCAAAAAACCAUACACAGGUAGCUUUUUCACCAAUCAACACAUGGGCGCUUCUAUGCCACGUACACCGAAGAAUACCAAAACUUCUAUCAACAGCAAUCGAACAGGCAGUAGUAAUCCUACUACUCCAAGUAGCAUAUCAACAAAGCCUGUUACAUUCAAUUAUUUUGAAGCAGCAGCUGUCACUGUUCAACCUGCAAAAAAAUCUCCUACGGUACAUUCUUCCAAUUCGUCUACCAGAUCUUCAUCUAUAAAGUCUUCUUCUGUUGCAUCCUUACAUCAUCAUCCAAGUACCAAGUCAUCCAUAAAUUCCAACGUAUACCCCCCUUCAACCAAUACUACUACUACUACUACUACUACUACUACGCAUUUUAGCAAUAGAAAACGGUCUUCUAUCACAUCUACUAUUAAUUCUAAUAAUAAUAAUACGAUAUCCACUAGUGAAGCACCUACUAUUGUACAACAACACGAUCAACAACAGUCAAAUAUCACGUUCAAAACCAACACGUCCAAUAUCUUGGACGCAGAUCCUUCAUCCAAUUAUAUAACACUGAAUAACAAAACGUUUUGGAAGAGUCAUACUACACGACAUUUUAUGCUCCCUUGUGAUGACGACGAAUCAGAUAGGCUAAUGACUAUGCAUUAUAUCCUUAAAGCGACAUUUCAUGGCAACUUUAUUGCACCUGUGCAGCAUCUUUUGGAGUCACCAUUGACGUUGAAGGGCAGUACCAAAGUAUUAGAUAUAGGUUGUGGACCUGGCACAUGGAUUUUGGAAAUGGCUACAGAAUUCCCAAAUGCAGAAUUCUACGGCAUUGAUGAUUGCCCUCUCUUUCCAAGCCAUAUAAAGCCUAUUAACUCACAUUUUAGAUUACAUAACAUAUUCAAAGGAUUGCCGUUUAAAGAUGCUGAAUUUGACUAUAUCCAUAUGCGGAUGAUGAUUUACUAUUUCUCACCAGGAGAGUUAGCUUUUCUGCUGAAUGAAAUUGGACGCGUAUUGAAGCCUGGUGGAUAUUUUGAAAUUGUGGAUACAAAUUAUACCAUUCGACAUCCAGGUCCUGCUUCUAAUAAGAUUGUGAACAUUGAUUUAAAGCACACGCUUCAUGCUGCUUCUACUUCUUAUCCCACGAUUCAUGCCACCAAUAUCGCUUCUGCUCCUAGUGAAUCCACAAACAACCAUCCUAUCUUUAGCUUUCUUCUCCUCAAUCCCAACGAUGAUGGCCAUUCUUCAGGUAAUUCCUUUAUCGGUCGUUUUAUCGACAUAUGCCAAGAACAUGCUGUGUUGCCUCUGGGAGACUGGCCUGACAAUGGAGACCCGAAAAUUGCUAAACUUCACAGUUUGAAUUUCCAGCUACUCUUGUCUUCUAUCACAACAAAUAAUGUAGGUCGUAACAGCCAACGUAUGCAUAUGCAGCAGACGACAAGUUGGCCACUAGUGGAUAAAGAGACAAUUCAUACUAUUCUCGAUGAAUGUGACCGAUAUCGGUCGUAUUUGGAUUGGUUCGCUUGUUACGCAAGAAAACCGCCCCUGGAAAACGAACAGAUACAACAGAGUACCUUAGAUUCUAUCUAUGAAUUUGUAGAAGGAUUUGUAGAUGUUUAAAUAAAUGACUUG